CUCUUAGAUGCUGCCAGGGUCCAUGAAGACGGGAGACACCAGGAAACAGAGAUUGCCCGUGCUGGUGGGCAUGCAGUCCUGCUGUGGAAUUGCCCCUCUCUGGCUCAGCAGGACAUUUCGCAUGAAAAUCUGGCUGCUUCUUUCACUGAGAGCAGUGGAAGAUCAGACAACGCUGAGCCCCUUUCCCGCUUGGCAAUAGCUGGAUAAACUGAGACAGUCACCACCUUGAGACAAGACUCCCACCUGACAGGACAACAUGCAUCUCCUCGGCUCCGGGCUCCUGCUGCUCCUGUGGCCAGAGUACUUGGCUUUCUGUGCAUCAGUUGGCUGGACAUUUAAACACCCUGAAAUGAUCUACGCCUGGGAGGGGGCCUGCGUCUGGAUUCCCUGUACGUUCAAAAACAAGGAGAAUAAUGAGCUCCUGGAUAACUUCACACUGUACCACAAUCCUGUGUUUGUCGAAGCCACCAAAAGCUUCAAUGGGACUGUUCUCUAUCGGAAGAUAGGGACAGAGGAGGCCUUUUCUGCUGAGAAAAGGGUGAAUAAGGCAGAAAACAAUUGUACCCUGAGCAUCAACCCAGUGUAUGUGAAAGACAGUGGCAGGCUGGGGAUGAGGGUGACAUGGAAAAAAGACAAAGAGAAAAAAGAUGAAGAGGAAGACAAAUGGAUGGAUUACGUGCACCUCAAUGUCUCCAAAACCCCUCUUCCACCUCAUCUCCAGCUCUCCACUUCAAGAAUAGAGGAGUCCCAGCCAGUCACUGCCACCUGCUUGCUGAAUUUUGCCUGCUUUGGGUAUGACAUACAAUGGCAUUGGUCCCUGGAGGAGCUCAACCUCACCUCGCCUUCCUCCCAAAACUUCACCUCCCUUUCCACCGAGAAAGUCUUCACCCAGAGCCAGCUCACGUUCCGGCCGCAGUGGACCCACCAUGGGAAGACACUGAGCUGCCAGGUCCUGCAUUCUUCCAAAGUGCUGUCUGAGGCAGCGGUGCAGCUGGAUGUGAAGCACUGUCCGAAGUUGAAGGUCGAGGUCUACCCCAGAGAAGCUGUUGUGAUGAAGGGGGAGUAUGUGAACAUGACGUGCCAGGUCACCAGCAGCAACCCAGAGCACAAGACUAUAUCCUGGCUCAAGAACGGCGUCCACAUGCAGGAGCAGCAGCAGCCCACGCUAACUCUGCCCAAAGUGACCAAGGAAAUGCAAGGGACUUACCUCUGCCAGGCCUCCAAUGAUGUGGGCCUGGGGAAGUCGGAAGAAGUGAAUGUCAAAGUGCUGUAUGCGCCAGAACCUUCCACGGUUCAGUUCCACCCAUCACCCGCAGAGGAGGGAAAACCAGUAGAGCUGAUUUGUAUAUCACCGGCCAAUCCUCCUGCCAAAAAUUACACUUGGUUUCACAACAAGGAAAUCCUGGAAAACACAGAAGAGAAAGUCUGGAUCUCCAGAGUUCGCCUUGAGCAUGCUGGGAAUUAUUCUUGCUUGGCAGAAAACAUUUAUGGCCGUGGAGAGAAGGGCCAGGGUGCUGAGCUGGAUGUCCAUUAUCCCCCCAAGGAGGUGACUGUGGUGAUUCAAAACUCCACACUGAUUCAAGAAGGAGAUACCGUGAAGCUGCUCUGUAGAUACCAGUCCAGUAACCCGGAUGUUACCACUUACUCCUGGAGCCCAGAAAACUUCUGGAAUGGGAAAUCCACUAAAGAGCUGUGGAUUUACAAGAUUGCCUGGAACACCCCACCUAUCACCUGCAAAGCCUGUAACCAGUGGUGUUCAGAGUCACCCUCCAUCAGCCUGGGUGUCCAGUAUGCACCCAGAGAUGUGAAGAUCCUGCAGAUUGGACCCAGUUCGGAGAUUCACGCUGGGAACCAGGUGCUCCUCCGAUGUACCUUCUCAUACAGCAACCCCAAAGAAGUCCACUUCUUCUGGAAGAAAAACGGAAGUCUUCUGCAGGAAGGAAGUGAUCUGGUUUUCAACUCUAUAUCCCCAGAAGAUGCUGGAAAUUAUAGCUGCUCAAUCAAUAACUCCAUAGGACAGACCACAUCGGAGAUCUGGAAGCUCCAAGUGCUGUAUGCACCCCGGAGGCUGCGUGUGUCUUUCACCCCAGCGAACAGUGUGAUGGAAGGGAGGAAGGCAGCCCUGACCUGUGAGAGCGACGCCAACCCUCCCGUGUCACACUACAGCUGGUUUGACUGGAAUAACCAAGACCUCCAGUAUGAUGGUCAGACGCUGAGGCUGGAGCCUCUGCAGAUCAAACACUCAGGCUCCUACUGGUGUCGGGGGUCCAACAGGCUGGGUAUGGGCGACUCACCCCCCAGCACCCUCACCGUCUACUACAGUCCAGAGACCAUUGCCAGGCGAGCAGCCAUCGGGAUUGGGUCCUGCCUGGGCAUCAUCAUCCUGGCCAUCUGGGGAAUGAAGUUUCAGAAACACAGGAAGAGGGCACAGAGCCAGCAGGAGCUUCAGGAAAAUUCCAGUAGUCAGAGCUUCUUUGUGCGAAAUAAAAAGGUGAGAAGAACGCCCCUCUCGGAAGGCCCCCACUCCCUGGGAUGCUAUAAUCCGGUGAUAGAAGAUAGCAUCAGCUACGCCACCUUACACUUCCCUGAGACGGACACACCGAGAUCUGGAGAUGCAGGGACCACUGAAAUGCAGGGACCCCUCCCAAACAGUGAUGACAUGGUCACAUACUCGGUGGUGCAGACACGUCAUGCGGGUGACUACGAGAAUGUGGUGCCGGAUCUUUCAGAGGAUGACGGGAUCCAUUACUCAGAGCUGGUGAGGUUUGGUGCUGGAGAAAGGUCCCGGGCGCGUGAAGACGUGGACUAUGUGACCCUCAAGCACUGAUGCCGGAACCAGCUGUGGUGAAAAUGCCUGGGGCAGAAGGAGCCACGGAAGUCCCAGAGUGUCCCCAGCUGCUGCUAAGUCACACCCCCCCAACCCAGUCACUGUGGAGAACCUUGUGCUGGCCCAGAGCCAGACUUCCUUCUUAGUACUGGUAACCCCCACCCUCCAAAAAGCCUGUCCCACCCUCUGCUGUACACCCAGCCCCAGCUGUCUGCCACCAUCUACCCACUCCCAAUCCCUGCCCCAGCUUGCUGUGUCCCUGCUGGGACCCACAUGUCAGUAAGUUUUCUUCUUCCCUUCCCUCUCCACCCCUACCCACUGAUUUUAAGCUCAACUUCUGCCCUUCGGGGAAUCCCGAGGAAGGACAGAAAUGAGGUAGUAAGAGGCACUGUCUUCAGUUGGCUUCUUCCCAAGAAACAUGACUACCAGCAUGCAAGGCUUCCACAGAGAGGAUGAUACAGCAGCGGCCCUGCCCUCAGGUCCCAGGAGCUGAGCAGACACCGAUGAGGACACACACCAUGGACAAAGACCUGCACAAUAAAAGUGGUGCAGAUGCCAGUUCUAA